AUGCCGGUGCUUUCUGUCUUCACCUCCCCUGGCUUCCGCGAGGCCUUGCCGCUGCGCGGUCGAGAGCGACCCGCCGCCAUGCAGACCGGCUCGGCGGGCCUGUCCAACAGCUCCCUCAACGUGGUGAUGCUCAUCGUCUUGUGCCUGCUGUACUCGGCGCUCUUGGAGAACGCACAGCUCAACGACGCGGCGCUGCUGGACGCGCGCGUGUGCGAGAGAUAAUGGCGCGGCCCGCCACCCGCCGCGCCACCGUCGCCGCCGCUGCCGCCACCGCCGCCGCGCCGAGCCGCGCCGCGCUGUCGCCGCUACUCUAUCUCUCUCUCUGUCGACCCCCCUAGGUCUUCUACUACUACAACUACUAUUUCUGUUUGCGGACGUCAAUCCGUCCGUAAAUGCGAAUCGAGUGUGAGUUUUAAGAUGGGAACUCUGAAGCAAGACGAAUCCUACGACUUUCUUUCCGUGCGAAAAACACAUUAUUCUAACUGCAAGUUUAUAGGCAGAACUGUGUACAUAAUAAUACCUGUAUGUUGAGCUAAGCAAAUGAAAUUUCCUGACCUGAAUAGUUCAUCCCUUAUUGCCAGCGAGGACGAAGGGCGAGGAAAGGCUUUGGGAGGACGUGGGUUCUGUUGGCGAGGGGAACUGUUCCGAGCCGAGGUGGUCGAAUAACAAUGAGGAUACCAGGGUUUCUGUGUUGCAUUGAUAUAUUUUUGUAUCCUUUACGGGAAGAAAUGUUUAAUUGUUUUUCUGUAACCACGUAGUUCGUGUCUCCGUUGUGAUAAUCGAUGGUAAAUGAACUUUAUUUGGGAAGAGUUCGGUAAACAUCGGUAUUUUUCGUAUGGAACCCUGAGAUAGGUUAUUUUUCGGAAAGGGUGCUGCUGGUCAGUGAAAGGAACGAAAUUUUUAACUCCAUGAUGAAGUCGACUGGUAAAGUAAAUUUCAAUGAGGUUCUCAAGCAGUCAAUUCAUGAUUUGCAGCAAGUGAAUUUCAUUUGCUCGAAACCACAUUGCAAGUGGAAUGUUAACGAAGAUAUUUGCAGAUUUUUGCUUCCCCAGUGUUGUUAUAAAAAUUAGUGUUGAAGUGGGGGAUUUUUUCUGAAAAAUUAUGAGCAUAGUUACUGGGGGAGGUCAUUUAAAUUGUAAAUAUUGAAACCCAGGUUGUAUUUAUUACCAGUGUGUGAGUGAUUAUCAUAUUAUUUGAAUGAAUUAAGAGGGUUUGGAUUUUGGACGAUGUGUUCAAGAAAUCAGUGACUUUAUAAGUGAAAGAACAAAAGUAUUAUGUUGUGAACGUGCGUGAGAUAAUUCUUAUUUAACGACGUUCUAUACUAUAUACACUCUUUGAGUCAUAGAGAAAAUGAUUUAGGGUCCCUCGUGGUGCAAGAAUUCCAAUGAGCCUUUGUAACUUCUCUUUGCAACCCUCCCUAACUUAAAAGGUCUUUAGAUAUGUCUACAAGAACAAUAUUUGAAGAGGACUCUCCUUUGUUUAAAUGAAGUGUCUUCUCUUACAGGUAUCCUGAUGGAAAAAGAAACUGUCGCAACUAUUACAAGUAUUGAUGUAUUGAGUACGAGUGUACUUACUGAACUCAAACUUUUUUGUAACAUCUUGAGGACAUUGCAGUACUUUCUUAUGGAUAUAAAAAAGAUAUUCCUCCGGUGUAAGGCUAAGUAUUGCGAUCUCUUUUUCCGAAAUUUAAGUACCGCAGCUGCAGUAAGAACUAGAAGUAGUGAACAUUGUUACCAACUUUUUCAACUGACAAUUUCUAUAUUCGAUUAUCUUGACUAAUUGAAUAUGAUAAAGAAACGAAUCGAUUUGAAAUGAUGUCCACAAAAAUGUAAAUAUGAAAUAACUUUUACAUUAAUCCAACACAGGCACGUGUAUUAACGCAUCACGUAUCUUAAAAUAAUAACAAUUAUCAUUAUUCCGAAGAAAAUUUGACUUUGAGCUACUCAACUUGAAUUGGUUAAACAGUUUACCGAAGAUGUCAAGGAAAGUAAUUCAAUGUUUUAAUAAUAUUAUAAUUUAUAUUGUUCAAAUUUGGUGUCACUAAGUAGUUAGAGAUCGCUGUACUUGCCUCUAAACUUGUCCUAGAAACAGUAAUGGCGAAUUUUCUGGUCAUGAUUUGUCAGUGACCUCCAACGCCCAUAUCCCGAAACAUUGGUGAAACCUAUUUGUGGUUCUGAAUGUGGUUUAACACUUUUACCUUGAACGUAUAUUGAAAAGUUACCUGAUUAACACCCAAACUGUCAACAAAAAGAAAUGGUUCACCUCUUGUAGUUUUUGUGAAAGUUUCAUUCCCAUACUUUGAUGUUCAGAUGGUAAAGAAACAAAGUGUCUACCAUUUUCACAUCUUUUUGCAGUAAAGUUUUCAGCUUAUCGAGCGUGUCUUAAAACCGUGCUGCAAAAUUGUAUGGCGUGUUAUUUCUGUUUCAUAAGAAACUUAUUGCUAAGGGGGAUAUGGAAUUGGAUAGAUUGAUAAAACGUCAACAUAUCCAAGAAUGGUUUACUCAAAGUGGUGUGAUCUUGAUAGUAGGGAGAAUAAUUUUAAAGAGAGACCAUUAAAUACUAGGAGAGCAGUUAUUCAACAAAAUAUUUCUCCUAGAAUUGUUAAAUAAGUUCCACCAUGGAUAUGGAGGGUUGUGGUCUCCAGAAAACUGUUGAAACAAUAUAAUUCAUUUCACUAGAAGUUUCUGAAACGAAGAGGACGUGAAAUUAGUGAUGUAAGAAACAGUGUUUUAAUUGUGUUGUACAUAUUUCUCAUCUUUCAGUACAGAACUGGAACACAUAAGAAGCACAAAAUGACAGCACUUUUUGUAAAACCACGAAAGCAGUGUUAGUUAUAAAUCGCCAGAGACGUUUUCCAGAUCAUUAACAAGCUUUCGUUUUAUUAAGAUACAGACAAGGUAUCCAUGGAAAGUAUCGGUGUUCUAGUUGUUACUUUCAAUCAGUGUACUGGAAAACUACAUGAAGAAAGUGGCGUACUAAAAAAGACAUAAUUUGUGGACUAAAUAAUCUCACAAAUUUAUUGAAGAUAAGAUACAUGUAUUUUAUCAAUCAAAAUGUGAAUUUAUAAUUAAAGAACUUGUUUAAAAAAUA